AUUUGAUGUUACUGGCAAUUUGGACAUGGUGUGUGUACUCUUUCGGUUUUCCAUUUUCAAAUAAAGAUGCAAAACUCUUUCACAAAAUAUGGGGAACAGACGAUAAAUGUUAUAGAGGUGAUGUCGAUGACGGCGCGUUUCAUGGGGUGUUAUUACUACCUACCGUAGCUGCGGCGAAAUUGGUAGACGUUCAACGUUCUAUAAAUUUUGGUGAAGAUUCUAACAUCGGUAUGAAAGAUGAUUUCUUGGUCUUGGGGGUCAUAAACCCGGCUUCUUGA